AUGUUCAGAUGUUCAUCUUCAUCAUUACUUUGUGGUAAUAAUGUUACAUUUACAAUUGUUUAUAAUACUCAGCCUGGUGAAAUUUUAUUUAUAACUGGAUCAAUGAACCAAUUGGGUGAAUGGGAUACAUCAAAAGCAAAAAGAAUGACAUGGAAUAUUGGUAAUUUAUGGGAUGCAAGUGUAGGAUUCCCAGAAUCAGUAUAUAUUCAAUAUAAAUACUUUGUAUACAAUGAAAUUAAUAAAACUUAUCGUUGGGAAUCAAUUGAGAAUCGACAACUCAUUGUAAACAAUGAUGAACUUUUAAUUGAAGAUGCAUGGGAUGUUAAAAGAAAUCUUCAAACUGAACAAACCAAAGAUACUGAUAGUACACCAAAUAGUUUAAAUAGUAAUAGUUCAAAUUCUUUUUUAUUCGAUUCAAGAAUACCAACAAUGUUGGAAUAA